AUGUCUCAACCACCAUAUAAGCAAGGUGACCAUGGGGCAACGGUCCUCAAGGAGCAAACCACCAUAACCCCUUCGACCUGCCCGCCGCAGCCACAACCAGCGCCACCACCCGCAUACACCCCUCGUUCCGCUCAACCCCCAAUUCCUAGAGUCAUGCCCAUGCCCAUGCACUGCAUCACAUCAGAUCUCCUGGCGAGGCUUUUGACCUUUGCCGCCGAUGCAAGGCCAGCCGCCCACGCUGACCAGCAUGACUGCGCCGAGAGCAUGUCGCCCAUAUCCAUCAAGGUCAACACGGCCGUCCGCGUUAGCCAAAGCGACAACCUGGUCGACAUCGGCAGGCCCGACCCGUCGGACAUCGCUGCCGCCAUCGUGGGCGCCAUCGAACGAGCUAGCAGCGCCUCGGCCGGCGUCCCCAUGAUCGACGGGAAUGGUGAGCCGAGGCCGAUCAAGAUCGACGUCGACGCCACCGUCGAGGUCGGCGGCUCGAGGAACGUCGUCGGAAAGGACGAGUUCCUGCGGGAGUACCUGAGGACCCUGGGCGCCGCCGCCGCCUACAGAGCCAAGAGGAGGCGCUCGUCGUCCGUGUCCGGCUCGGAGGAUGACGGGUCAGAGGAUGAGGCUGCAGCUGGUGAUGCCAGCAUGCCGGCCGCCAAGAGGUCACGGAGCACCUGA